GAGUAGCGUGUGCGGGUCUGUUGUAGAUUGAUUUUAACGCUCUCAGUACGUAUUCCGUGCGACAAUCAUUUGCAGAAGACAAUAUGGCUCCACUGACUCUUCACAACCUUCAUGUGAGCCCUCCAUGUCGCCUAGUGCGACUAAUUGCUGGUGUAAUCGGUGUUGAUCUCAAGAUAGAGGAUGUAAAGGAUGUCUUUAAGGACAUGAAGACACCUGAAAUGUUGAAGAAAAAUCCGCAACAUACAGUGCCUACACUGGAAGAUAAUGGUCUGUGCAUUACUGAAAUCCGUGCCAUUGCCAUGUACCUCGUCUCAAAGUAUGCGAAGGAUGAUUCUCUCUACCCGAAGGAUGUAAACAAACGUGUUCUCGUCGACCAAAGACUAUUUUUUGAUCAAGAUUUGUAUCAGAGAAUUGCUAGUAUUCUUUUGCCAAAACUACAUGGCAAACAGUCAGACCCCGCCAAUAUUGAAAAAGUAAACGACAGCCUGGAAACGCUGAACCGAAUGUUGGAUGGCAAACAGUGGCUAGCAGGAGACAAUAUUACACUUGCUGAUUACGCUGUCGCAGUUUCCUUGUCAGCACUGGAGUUUGAUCCAGAGUGUGGGAUUAAUCCCACUAACCAGCCCAACAUUAAGCUGUGGCUUUCACGUGUUGAAGGUUCUCACGCAAAAUACGGAGAUAACCUGAAAGAACUUCGCGAAGCGUUGCAGAAAAUGAGGCAGAAAUAA